GUGGGGGAAGUUUAUGACAGAAACUUCAGCAACCUCCAGCUAUAGACUCCAAAAAAGGAUGAAACUAGUCCUCCAGGCCGUGCUGUGGUUCGGGAUACUGACUCUAUGUCUUACUAUCAAACACCAUCAGCAGAGCAUCAGAUGGUGCACAAUUUCCAGUGCAGAACAAAGGAAAUGUCUUGAACUGAAGGUGGCCAUGGAAGACCUGUUCCCCUCACUUACCUGUGUGCAAAAACAAAAUCACUUGGACUGCAUACAGGCUAUUAGUAUGAGUGGUGCAGAUGCCAUUACUCUUGACAGUGGCCUGGUUUAUCAGGCAGGCGGUUCCCCAUAUAACCUCAAGCCCAUUGUGGCUGAGGUCUACAACCAAGAUAGAGCGUCAGCCACCAGCUACUUUGCUGUGGCUGUGGUGAAGAAAGGAAGCAGCUUGAUGGUAAAUGAUCUGCAAGGCAAGAGAUCCUGCCAUACGGGCCUGGGCAGGUCUGCCGGCUGGGUCAUUCCCAUUGGGACACUUGUACGCCGUAGGGCCAUAAACUGGAAGGGACCACGCUAUGAACCCAUUGAGAGAGCUGUGGCCAGAUUUUUCUCAGCCAGCUGUGUCCCAGGUGCCCCCCCAAAUGAGCCAUCUUUGUGUUUCCUAUGCAAAGGAACAGGCCCUGAAAAAUGUUCCAGUAAUGGACCUUAUUCUGGCUAUUCUGGAGCCUUUCAGUGUCUGAGAGAUGGAGCCGGAGAAGUAGCUUUUGUACGACAUACCACCGUUCUAGAAAAUGACCCGAACGGAAGGAACAAAUAUGAGCUGCUCUGUCUGGAUGGCACUCGGAAGCCUUUGGAUAAGUACAAGGAGUGUAACUGGGCCAGGGUCCCUGCCCAUGCUGUUGUGGCACGAAGCGUGGAUGGCAAGGCCAAUGAGACCUGGAGCUUCCUGGCUCAGGCUCAAGCAAGGUAUGGCAAGGGCACCAAAACUAUGUUCCAGCUCUUCAGUUCCUCUCAUGGGAAAGACCUGCUCUUUAAGGACUCUGCUUUAAGGCUGGUGCGUGUCCCCCACCUCAUGGAUUUCAAGCUUUAUCUGGGCCUUGAGUAUUAUACUGCUAUCCAGAGUCUCAAGGAAGGCACACUUUUUCCUAAGCCCCUGUUGCAAAAGGUGAAAUGGUGUACGGUUGGUAACGAUGAGAAGACAAAGUGUGACAAAUGGAGUGCCGUGAGCAGAGGCAGGGUGGGAUGUGCCACCGCGUACACCACGGAGCAAUGCAUUAUAAUGAUUUUGACAGGUGAAGCGGAUGCGAUUAGCGUAGAUGGAGGAUUUGUCUACACGGCUGGUGUUUGUGGGCUGGUGCCCAUUUUGGGAGAAUACUACGGCAAUGACACAAGCAAAUGUUUCUUAACAACAGAACACCCAGGUUCAUAUUAUGCAGUGGCUGUUGUAAAGAAGUCCAACCACAGGAUCACAUGGAGAACUCUGCGGGGUAAGAAGUCCUGUCACACAGGUGUUGGGAGAACGGCCGGUUGGAAUGUCCCCAUGGGCUUGAUUCACCGUCAGACUGGGAGCUGCAGGUUUGAUAAAUUCUUCCAUGAAAGCUGCGCACCUGGGUCUCCACUUACCUCGUCGCUCUGCAGCCUGUGUCGGGGCUCUGACACCUUCCCACCACAGAAAUGUGUAGCCAACAGCCAUGAGAAAUACUUUGGCUAUGCUGGGGCCUUCCGGUGCUUGGUUGAGCGCGGGGAUGUGGCAUUUGUUAAGCACACAACCGUCUUUGAGAACACCGAUGGAAACAAUAAAGCUGACUGGGCCAGAGGUCUGAGAAGGGACCAGUUUGAAUUGCUGUGCCUUAAUGGGAGGCGGGCAAGGCCUGAUGACUACCUGCAUUGCCACCUGGCAAAAGUCCCUACCCAUGCUGUGAUCACACGUUCUGAGAUAGCCCGUGAAGUCAGUGCAAUAGUGAAGGAUCAAGAGGCACACUUUGGAAAUGGUGUGAAAGGAAACCAACAUUUUAAAAUGUUUCAGUCUGACACCAAGGACCUUUUGUUCAAAGACAACACCAAGUGCUUGAUCAAAGUCCCUGAAAGGACGACCUACCAAGAUUACCUUGGAAAAGAAUACUUUGAUUCUGUCUCUAGUCUCAAUAAGUGCAACCCAUCAGAACUCCUCCAGGUCUGCAAAUUCCUCCAGUCUCAUUAAUCCAAUGAACGGGGGCUCCUCAUUGUGGGAGGAAAACUGGAAAGUUAAUUCCUCCUUGUGUUUUCAGUACAGUAUGUGAUCUACCUGGGGAUCUCUCUGCUUGCUUGUGUUCCCCCCCACUUCUUUUAACUCAUCCUUCUGAACAGGUGAUUAGGCUGUUCCUAUAACACUUUACAAUCUCUCGCCGCCAUCAGAAAAAGAUAGAAAUAAAAAUCUUAAUAGCUA